AUGGCCAACACUGGAUCAAACGAUAAUGCCCAGUCAGCUACCAGCACACUGAUGCCUUCAACGUUGGGAAGAAAUCAGAUGCAAUCGUUUGGGAUAAAUCUGACUCAGGUUCCUCCGAUAAAGCUGGAUAUGAACAAUUUUUUGUUGUGGAAAAACAUGGUUAUAUCCAUCAUCAAGGGUCAUAAUCUUGAAGGAUUCAUCACAGAAAUGAGAACCUGCCCUGCUGAGUUUCUGGCAAUACAAACCACAGGUUCAGCUGGCGUUACAUUUGAGAUGACACCAAAUGUAGAAUAUGGGAAAUGGAUGUCCACAGACCAACUAUUGAUGGGUUGA